UUUCCCUAUAAAUAGCUAGAUAUAGUUAUAAGCAAAUCAAUAGAGUGUGCAAACAUUCACAAUCCCCUCAAAGUUCCCCUAAGUUUAAUAAAAAUGGCAAGGUCCUCUUUACUUGGCAAAAGCCCUUCUACACUUUCAAUAAUUCUAUUCCUUGGGUUGCUUCUGGCUAGCCUAGACACAACAGGUGCUCAAAUUGGUGUUUGCUAUGGAAUGCUUGGUAACCUGCCACCACCAGCAGAAGUUGUAGGUCUCUACAACCAGAAUGGCAUCCGCAGAAUGAGACUCUACGACCCAAAUCAAAAUGCUCUCCAAGCCAUUGGAGGCUCUAAUAUAGAGCUCAUACUUGGCCUUCCAAAUGAUAACCUUCAGAGGAUUUCUUCCAAUCAAGCUGAAGCAAAUACUUGGGUGCAAAAUAACAUAAAAAGCCAUGGAAAUGUCAAAUUUCGUUACAUUGCAGUUGGAAAUGAGAUUCAUCCCUCAAGUCCAGAAGCACCUUUUCUGGUCCCUGCCAUGAGAAAUAUUAAAAAUGCACUCAAUUCUGCUGGUCUUGGAAAUAUUAAAGUUUCCACUGCUAUUGAUACUACAGGCCUUGCUGCAGACGCCUUCCCUCCUUCUAAAGGCUCUUUCAAGCAAGAAUAUCGACCAAUUAUUGAUCCUGUGAUCGAAUUUCUAGUGAACAACCAAUCCCCAUUGCUCCUCAACUUGUAUCCAUACUUCAGUUAUAGAGAUGCUCGGGGACAAAUUCCUCUUGAUUAUUCUCUUUUCACAGCUUCAUCACCAGUAGUCUCUGAUCCAGAUGUUGGACGUAAUUACCAAAACCUUUUUGAUGCCAUGCUUGAUACUGUUUAUGCCGCCUUGGAGAAGGCUCGUGGAGGUUCUCUGGAAAUUGUGGUAUCGGAAAGCGGAUGGCCUACUGCUGGAGAUUUUGGAACAUCAGUUGAAAAUGCAAGAACUUACAAUAACAACUUGAUUCAACAUGUGAAAAAAGGGACUCCAAAGAAGCCAGGAAAACCCAUAGAAACUUACAUUUUCUCCAUGUUUGAUGAAAGUAACAAAAGCCCUGAGUUAGAGAAACACUGGGGACUCUUUUCUCCAGACAAAAAUCCUAAAUAUCCAGUCAAUUUCAAUUAAAAUAGUGCCUUCUAAGGGCAAUCUUAUGUAUUACUAAAUAACCCCUAAUUUAAAAGAUGGGGGCAAAGCAAUAAAAUUUCAUAGUGUAGUUCUACAAA